UGCUUUGGUGGAUUCUCUCUCUUCCUCUCUCUCUGUCUCUGAAGUGAGGAUCUUUGUUUGGUUCUGCAAUCAUAAUUUUCGUGAUAUAUAUUUAAAAAAAACACGAAAUGCAUUCUCUUCUCUCUGUGUACGCAUAGACCUUAACCCUAUGAUCAGUCUUUGCUCUCUGAUUGAUGUUUCCUUUCUUUCAUCUCCCUAAAAACAUGGUCUUUGCUCUCUCUGUCUUGUCUCCAAACCACGCUCAAAAGCACUUCUUUUUCUUACAAAUCUGACAUGGGUUUUGUCCGGAAACUGCUAAAGACAGUUCCUUUCACUCCAAAACCAAACCUUUAAUGGCGAAAAGAUCAAAACUUUUCCUUUGUGUGUUUCUCUGAAGAAGAGUGUGUGAUUGAUUUUAAUUCUAAAAAAUGGCGUUCUGGUUCUUGUCAGCUCUUCUGAUUGUUGGGUUCUUAUCAAAAUCUAAUCUUGUCGAAGCUCAGCUAAGCGAUGAAGCCGCAUUGUUAGCUAUUCAUAGAGAGCUUAGUGUUCCUGGAUGGAGUGACAACGGCACAGACUAUUGUAAUUGGGUUAGGCUCAAGUGCGGUGGUGCCAACAACUCGUUCGUCGAAAUGCUUGACCUCUCAGGGCUUCAUCUCAAAGGUAACGCCACUCUAAUCUCUGACCUUACGAGGUUAAAGCAUCUAGAUCUCUCCGGUAACAGCUUCACCGGACCAGUUCCUGCCUCCUUUGGCGACUUGUCUGAGCUUCAGUUUCUUGAUUUGUCUUUAAACCGUUUUGUCGGAAGAAUCCCAGUUGAGUUUGGUAGCCUUAGAGGUCUUAAGUCACUCAACGUCUCUAAUAACUUGCUUGUGGGAGAGAUACCUGAUGAGCUUAUGAUGUUAGAGAGGCUAGAGGAGUUUCAAGUCUCUGGAAACGGCUUAAACGGUUCUAUACCUCAAUGGAUAGGGAAUUUGAGUAACCUUAGAGUGUUUACAGCUUAUGAGAAUGAGUUGGUUGGGGAGAUACCUAAAGGGUUAGGUUUGGUUUCUGAGCUGGAGCUGUUGAAUCUUCACUCAAACAAGCUUGAAGGGAAGAUUCCAAAGGAGGUUUUUGAGAAAGGGAAGCUGAAAGUUUUGGUCUUGACACAGAAUAGAUUCACCGGUGAGAUCCCCGAAGAGGUGGGAAUCUGCAGUGACCUCUCCAGCGUUAGAAUUGGGAACAACGAGCUUGUGGGAGCCAUUCCGAGGGCUAUUGGUAACGUUAGUGGACUUACUUACUUCGAAGCAGAUAAUAACAGUCUCUCAGGUGAGAUUGUUGCAGAGUUCUCAAAGUGUUCUAACCUCACUCUGCUGAAUCUAGCAGCUAAUGGGUUUGCUGGAGCCAUCCCAGCAGAGCUUGGUCAGCUCAUGAAUCUUCAAGAGCUGAUUCUCUCUGGUAAUAGUCUCUUUGGUGAAGUCCCUAAAUCGUUUCUUGGGUUAGGAAACCUCAACAAGCUUGAUUUGAGCAACAACAGACUCAACGGCACUAUCCCUAAGGAGCUUUGCAGCAUGCCUAGGCUUCAGUAUCUGGUUCUUGAUCAAAACUCCAUAAGAGGAGAGAUCCCACAUGAGAUUGGAAACUGUGUGAAGCUGCUUGAGCUUCAGCUGGGUCGAAACUACUUGACUGGAACCAUUCCUCCUGAGAUUGGUCGGUUGAGGAGUCUGCAGAUAGCGCUUAACUUGAGUUUCAACCAUCUUCAUGGAUCAUUGCCUUCAGAGCUAGGAAGGCUUGACAAGCUUGUGUCAUUGGAUGUGUCCAACAAUAUGCUUACAGGCUCCAUACCGCAACAGCUAAAAGGUAUGAUGAGUUUGUUUGAGGUUAAUUUCUCAAACAACCUCUUGAGCGGACCAGUUCCAGUCUUUGUCCCCUUUCAAAAGUCUCCAAACUCGAGCUUUUCGGGGAACAAAGAGCUUUGUGGAUCGCCGUUGAGCUCUUCCUGUGGAUAUUCUAUUGAGCAUUUGAGGUACAAUCACAGAGUCUCCUACAGGGUUGUGCUUGCAGUGAUUGGUUCAGGUGUUGCCGUCUUUGUCUCAGUCUCCGUGGUGGUUCUUCUCUUCAUGAUGAGGGAGAAACAAGAGAAAGCAGCGGCGAAAAACAUCGAUGUUGAAGAAAACGUCGAGGAUGAGCAGCCGGAGAUUAUAGCUGGAAACGUCUUCCUUGAGAAUCUCAAGCAAGGGAUUGAUCUUGAUGCAGUUGUGAAAGCAACGAUGAAGGAGACAAACAAACUCAGCACUGGAACUUUCAGUUCGGUUUAUAAAGCCGUUAUGCCUUCAGGGAUGGUUCUCUCUGUGAAGAAGCUCAAGUCUAUGGACAGAGCCAUAACUAAUCAUCAAAACAAAAUGAUCAGAGAACUUGAAAGACUCAGCAAACUUUGCCAUGACCAUUUGGUUACACCGAUUGGGUUUGUUAUAUAUGAAGAUGUUGCUCUCUUGUUGCAUCAGCAUUUGCCUAAUGGUAACUUAGCUCAGCUGAUUCAUGAGUCUGCUAAGAAGCCAGAGUACCAACCUGACUGGCCGAUGAGGCUGUCGAUAGCCGUUGGAGUAGCUGAAGGCUUAGCGUUUCUUCACCAUGUCGCUAUUAUUCACCUUGAUGUUUCCUCUAGCAAUGUGUUGCUAGACUCUGGUUACAAACCAGUGCUUGGGGAAAUCGAAAUAUCGAAGCUUUUGGAUCCGUCCAGAGGGACAGCGAGUAUUAGCUCAGUUGCUGGCUCCUUUGGCUACAUUCCUCCAGAGUAUGCAUACACAAUGCAAGUGACUGCACCGGGGAAUGUAUACAGCUACGGAGUGGUGUUGCUAGAGAUUCUAACCUCAAGAGCGCCGGUGGAGGAAGAGUUUGGUGAAGGAGUAGAUUUGGUGAAAUGGGUCCAUGGAGCUUCAGGGAGAGGAGAGACACCGGAGCAGAUACUUGAUGCCAAGCUUAGCACCGUGUCGUUUGCUUGGAGGAGAGAGAUGCUUGCAGCUCUGAAAGUUGCGUUGCUUUGCACAGACAUCACACCUGCAAAAAGGCCAAAGAUGAAGAAAGUAGUUGAAAUGCUUCAAGAGGUUAAGCUAAGCAAAUGAGAGAGUGAAUAUAAUGAUGCAUAGUUCCCUUUGUUACAUUUCCUAUUUGUUAGCUUCUCUUAUGGGUAUUAAAUAGUCUUAUGAUGAACUGCAAUCUUUAUUUGCUUAUCUAAUUGCACAAAUUAGUAAUUGGA